UCUUUGACCCUGUGGGUUUCCUCCUGGUGUCCGAGUGAUCGGGCGUGGAAACAGGCCCAUCGGCCCGACGUGCCCACACCGACCAACAUGUACCAUCUACACUAGUCCCACCUGCCUGGAACGGAACAUUGUCACCUUCCAUCCUGUCCAUCUUCCUGGUGCAAGCAAAGUUCAAAGGGAAAAACUUGUUGAUUUCACAUCUUGCAUGAAAAUGAAAAAUCCGAUCUUGAAAUAUGGGAAGACAAGAUUUAACAACAGCAGUAAAACGUUAUCGCUGCUUGGUGCAUGGUGCAAGUCAAGUUCCAUGAAUAUUCCUGGCAUUUGGAUGUAACUGUUGCAAAUGUACUUGACAUUGUGCUUGCCACCGCUAUAAAUUUCAUGCCAGAUGUCAACUUGUCCUUCACAGAGAGUAUAAAUAAACUAGCACAGAGGGCGAAAGGCAGAAGAGUGUCUGAACGGACGUGCACCACACACACAAGAUGAUUCCAGCCACUUUUAAACUUUGUGCGGCAAUCUCCUAUCAGCAUGUCCGGACACUAACAGGCUUGCGGCACACGGCAGUGGCUGCUCUUGGGCACCAGCUGAAUCACCUCAGGCUUCAGAAUCAAGGGCCCAGCUCGUGGGUGAACCUGGUCUGGAGGAGAAGCUCCCUGGUCGGUUGCAGACUUGAAGAGCACCCUUUCUCUGAGACAGAAAUGGCCUAUGUUAAGCAGGGUCAAGAAGCCCUGCACAAGUCCCUCUCCAUUCUCCAAGAUACAAGUGGAUGGAAAUCCGAGAUCGAAGCAGAAAAUGGCGACAAGGUGGUGAGUAAAACGCUCCCGGAUGUUGGCAAGGUCUUCAAGCUCGAGGUUGUGAUGGAUAAGCCCACGGAUCUGCUCUACAAUGAGUUGUUUGACAAAGUUGAACAAAUGGGAGAAUGGAACCCAAACGUUAAACAAGUGAAGAUAUUGAAAAAGAUCGACAAGGAUACGAUGGUCACCUACGAGGCUUCCGGGGAGACAGUGGGCAACGUGGUUAGCCCACGGGACUUUGUGAGCGUGCGUUACGCCAAGAGACGAGGGUCGACCUGCUUCCUCGCAGGGAUGUCCACACACUGCGACAUGAUGCCUCAGCAAAACGGUUUCAUAAGAGGUGAGAAUGGACCAACCUGCAUUGUCCUCCGUCCAUCUCCAGACGAUCCAAACAAGACCAAGUUCACGUGGCUUCUGAGCAUCGAUCUAAAGGGCUGGCUGCCCAAGUCUCUCAUCAAUCAAGUUCUCUGCCAAACCCAAGCAGACUUUGCUCAACAUCUGCGUCAGCACAUGGACUCCAAAGCUGCUGUAAGCACUUGCUGAACCACACUGCAUUCUCGAGAGGCGGAAGAUCUCUCCCAUCUGAUUGGAACCUACUUUUGUGACCGAUUGGAAUGAAUAUCCAAAUACGAACAUUCAAAGAAAGGAUCCUUCAUUUGUUGAAAAUCUAUAUUUAUGAGGUUCUAGUUGAAACAUGUGUCCAUAAUGUUUAUUUCAGCCAAGGGAAUGGUAUUAUUGACGAUCACAGUGCUCUCAAGUCAAAAAGAGGUUAGGUAUUUAUCAAUAUCAUAUCUCACAACAAGUAGCCAUAUAGUGCUUAGAGUCUUCUGUCAUUCAAUGAGAUCAAGCCUGAAUGUCUACUGUAUUCCCCCUCCUGCCUUAUCCCCAUACAGUUCCCCCGACGGUUCUCAAAUAACACAGUAAAGAAUUACAAUCUUGAGCGAAGACAUUUCUCAGCCAUUUCUGCAUAACAGGGGGCACUUUAGCCAAGGGAUUACUCUUCAAGAAUGUUAUUUACUUGUCUUAAAUUACCCUUCAUAAAUCUCAAAUCUUCUAUUCCAGCCAUUGAUUAAUUUCCCCAUGAAUCACAUCAGGCUUUCAGAUCAAACUCAGAUAAGAUUGCACAUCAGACGUUUCAAACUAACCAGAAAAGACUUUGGUUGCAUGGGGGAUGUGUUGUUGUCUCAAAGAUACACGUCCCAUCCUCCUGCUCACUCGUGUCGAGACAAAACGCACUGGAUGUUGUCAUUUCUUUCACUUUCACCUUCAAGCAAACCUCUGCAGCAUAGUUGGGUGAGCAACCAACGGAGGCACAGUGAAGUUUUGUUGUAGCCAGACCUACCAAUGUUCAAUAGACAAUAGACGCAGGAGCAGGCCAUUUGGCCCUUCGAGCCAGCACCGCCAUUCAAUGUGAUCAUGGCUGAUCAUCCCCAAUCAGUACCCCGUUCCUGCCUUCUCCCCAUAUCCCCUGACUCCACUAUUUUUAAGAGCCCCAUCUCGCUCUCUCUUGAAAGCAUCCAGAGAACCUGCCUCCACCGCCCUCCGAGGCAGAUGUUCAGCUCACUGAAGCUGGUGCCUCACACUAUUGUGGCUCAAUACAUGAGGAGAACAAAAUAUUCUGGGGGUUGGAAUUCUUGUGGAAUCAACGAUAAGGAAUCAACUGGACUAUAUCACUAUUUACACAGAUAUCUUUUUAUUUUAUAGUAUCUCACCUUCCGAACCCAAUAUUUAUGGUUUAUUCCAAGCCUGCACU